AAUUGCAUAAAGAGGGAUAUCCAAUAAGACCGAUUGUAGACUUUAGAAACACACCGACGUAUAUGCUAUCAAGAUUUCUCUCGACAAUACUAAGACCAACAAGAGACAACUCGAAAGCUAGAAUAAUAGAUUCAUUUGAAUUAGUGAAGCGACUAAAAACCACUAAAAUAGAGGAAGAUGAAAUACUAGUCAGCUUUGACGUAAACAGUCUCUAUACGAAAAUACCCAUUCAAAUGGCCAUGAGUGCACUGAAAACGAAACUAAAAGAAGAUAAUGGCCUAAAAGACAGAACACAGUUAUCCGUAGAAGAGAUAAUAAAGGGGUGGAAUUCUGUCUGACAACAACAUAUUUCACAUUCGAAGAGAAAAUAUACCAACAAAAUGAAGGAGUAGCCAUGGGAUCACCCAUCUCACCAAUAAUAGCUGACAUAUUCAUGGAUUAUUGGGAAGAGAAUGCCCUUAAACCAUUCAGGUCAUCACUAAAAUGUUGGUGGAGAUAUGUAGACGACACACUAGUAAUAGUCAAAAAACGAUAUUGAGCAACUCUUUUCACACAUAAACAGCCAUGUAGACUCAAUAAAAUUCACUAUGGAAGUAGAGAAUGAAAU